AUGGAUUCCUUCAUCGUGGCAGCUCUGGUCCUGUGCUCGCUAACGGCCACAGCCUGCGGGGACAAAGGCUCCGGCAAAGCCAGGAGUUGUUCGGAUAUAAGGCACUUUUAUAGCGGGAAAGGAUUCCCUCUGGACGGGGUUCCUCAGUCUGAAAUAUCCGGCGAGCACCUGCGAAUCUGUCCCCAGGGUUACACCUGUUGCACCAGUGAUAUGGAGGACAACCUAGCCAUACUGAGUCGAGGAGAGGUGGAAGGACUUCUCAAAGACGCCGGACGAUCCUUGCAGGUCUCUCUCGCGGGACAAUUUAAGGCCUUUGACGGCUAUUUUCUGGAGUUGCUGAACCAUUCAGCCAUCACACUGCAGGAGACAUUCACGUCUACUUGGAAAUCUUUCUACUCCGAGAAUACCCAGGUGUUUACAGACCUCUAUGCAGAUUUGAGGCACUACUACCGAGGUUCUAACAUCAACCUGGAAGACGCUCUCAAUGAUUUCUGGGCAAGGCUUCUAGAGAGGCUGUUCUUUCACGCUAACAAGCAGUAUUCCAUUGGGGACGACUAUCUGGAGUGUGUUUCUAAACAGUCAGAGAUACUUCACCCUUUUGGAGACGGGCCCCGUGACCUUAAAACAAAGGUCACACGCACGUUUGUGGCCGCCCGUUCCUUUGUUCAAGGACUGGUCGUCAGUGGGGAGGUUGUCCGCAAAGUGUCGCAGGUGCCGUUGAGCCAGGAGUGCAUGCGAUCCAUCAUGAGGAUGACUUACUGUCCACACUGCCGGGGUACGGCCUCAGCCAGACCUUGCGUCAACUACUGCAGCAACGUCUUGAAGGGCUGUAUGGCCAACCAGGCUGAUCUCAACACCGAGUGGCGGCACUUGGCAGAAACUAUGAUGCAAGUGUCAGAUCGCUUCGAUGGCCCAUCUGGAGUGGACGUUGUGGUCCUUUCUCUUCCCUACCGCAUAUCAGACGCUAUGAUGACCAUGGUUGAAAAUAUGGAGUCAAUUAACACCAAGUUGCUCCUGGCGUGUGGCCCGCUCAGAGAAAAAUCAGUCAGUGGUGCAGCAACAGACGUCUUCCCGAAGAACGAAAAAGUUCCAGUCGAAGAGAGGUCAGCGAACAGCGCGAACAAACUUGGCCGACUGGUGUCUGAUGUAACCGUAAGGCUGAGGGAUAUGCAGCCAUAUUGGAUUUCUCUCCCGAGAAUGCUGUGCAGUGACAGAGUGGCCACCGGCGCAGGCGCUGAAGAUCGGUGUUGGAACGGAAUGACUCGUGCCAGGUACCUCCCAGAGGUCAUUGGCGACGGUCUGGCGAGCCAGAUCAACAACCCUGAAGUCGAAAUUGACAUUACCAAGCCAGACAGGGCAAUAAGGCAGCAGAUAAUGCAGCUGAAGAUCAUGACGCACCGCCUGAAGAAUGCUCUAAAUGGCAACGAUGUAGACUUUCAGGACACCAGUGAUGAUUCCAGCGGUUCUGGAAGUGGCGAAAUUUGCAACGACGAGGUGUGUUCCCGGGGCCCUCACUUUCGCAGCUCCAUGACCGAACGACCCGUUUACCCUUACCUUCCUGAAAACAAGAAGGUGGUGAAAGACUCAGUCAGUCAGAACCUACCCUGCAUCGUCACCUAUUUGAUUUCGCUGCUCGUAUUGCUGCUGCGGCUGCGGUAA